AUGGCGGAAAUUAAAACAGGAAUUUUUGCUAAAAACGUGCAGAAACGUCUGAAUCGCGCGCAGGAAAAGGUAAGAGCUAAGGGUGAGGAGGGUGAGGAGGGUGAGGAUGAAGGAUGUGAUGAAGGUGAAGACGUUGGUCGGUGGGUGAAGCUGCUCCGUGGCUGUUUUCAGGCCUGCUCCGCGGGUCUGUUUAGAUUCGGUCUCUUCGGUUCUGAUUCGGUUUUAAUUGUUUCGGUUUAACGUUGAACUGAUGACAAACUGACGUCACAUGGUCUGCGAUAAAACAGCUGAGCGUAUCGGAGUAAAAUCGUCAGAAACGACGUUAAUAACCCCACGGUGUAAAAGGUACCGUGAUGACAUCAUGUGUGCCGUUAAACGAGCACUGCACGUUCGUCACGCACGGAUUCAAAUUUCCUUAAAAAAAAAAAAAAAGAAAGUGUCAUAAAAAAGACAAGGUCGGCAGAAGGGGGGGCGGGGAUGCCCUCCCUCUAAGGCGUCAUGACGUCACGAUUACCUGCACGUUAUUUAUAGGAGAGGUCUUCCGGAAACCGAGGACGACCUGCAGGUGGAACUAAAGUCCUAAAUAAACAGUAAAUGUGCUGUUUAUUUUAACAGACAAUCAUCUUUAUUUCACGACGUUAAUUAAAACUUACUGAUUAAGAAAACAGCAGGAUAUUCACCAAUCUGUACAAAUGUCUGUUUAAAGAUACUAUUCUGGUUCACUUUAAUGAGCUUUGACAUUUUAGUGACAUCAGGUCGUCUUUAGCGUCUGUUUUCAGUGUCAUUGAGGAUCGUAGACGGUCUCAGACUGAACCGGAACUCUCUGAUGAUUGGUUAAAUUCUUACUUUUAAAGGUUUUAUAACUUUUACAAUAUAUGAGCUGAUAUGUGGGUGUGAAUAAAAACACAAAUAUGUGUAAUGUGUCUGUGGGCUCGCCAUGGUCCUUCAAAAUAACUGUCCGUGGUCCUGAAAACUCCCAGACUCCUCAGUUCUCUUCUCAACGACACAGAGCGCUGUCCGCGGUCCUGAAAAAGAAAAUGUCCAAAAAAAAGGAUGUUUUUGUAAAACAUGGACGAGUAGCUGUCGUGGUCAGGUGCUUAAAAAAGGGACGACCGUGAAAUGGACUAAAUUUAAAUGGGAGUUGAAGUCGCUGAAUGUGGUUUGAUCAUAUUUGAUCAUGAAAACUGUCCUGAUGAUCAGUUUUUAUACCUAAAGAGACAAAGAAGGGUGAACUGUUCUGAGAUGUCAGGUGAUCACAUGAUUUGGUGUUUUCUGUCACAUUAUGAGGCUUUAAUAGAAUCUGCUUUUAAAACAUGAUCAGGAACUGUUGUGCACAUGUGAUUUCGUUUCCUCAGGACUGAUUCUCAGCAUCAUCAAAACUUGACUUGAACUUUUGCACCUUUUAGAAAAACAAUGCAAAUGAAACGUGACCUGAAUUGGGUUCAUUUUUAACUCUCUUAUUUCUUACAUCCUCAGGUUUUGCAGAAACUUGGCAAAGCAGAUGAGACCAAAGAUGAGCAAUUUGAACAAGUGGUGAUCAACUUCAAAAGGCAGGAGGUAAGAGAUCAAUAUCAGUCCUUCACCUCAGAUCAGUUCAAGUCUUUGUUAUAAUAAAUGAUGAAUAAAGGUUAUAAAUAAAGCAUGAAGUCAGUCUUUAGUAUUUUUGUCAACGAUGUCUCAUAAAUGUCUGCAGACUAACUGGAAAACUCCGGUUACAGUUUGGAUUAAACCAGUCUUUGUUUUUUUGACUGUUCAGUGUUUAAAUGUUUCUGUCACUUUAAUAAGUUCAUAAGUUUGUUAAAGUGAGUUUUUCUAAUUUUCUGUGUUUGUCUGAAGUCUGAAGGCGCUCGACUGCAGAGAGAAAUGAAGUCAUACAUGGCAGCAAUAAAAGGUGAGUUCUGAACAUUCUCAACAUUUAAAUAAGAUUUGAUCCUAAACAUAAAAUAAUUAUAUAUAUUUAUAAAGACUGGAGACCAAAUUUAGAGAACAAUUAUUGAGCAUUUGACUUAUUCCAAAAUAUUGUAAUCUUCAUUGUUCAACAUUUGAAAGACUGAUGAGAAGAAAAGUGUCUGAAGUUUCGGAGUCUCACAUUAGUAGGAAGUUUUCAGGCCUUUAUUUUGAAGGACGUGAACACAUCACGGCCACAACAUCACCGGUCCCUCACACCGCUCUGCUGUGAUUUUGGUCCACUCUUGUUUUCGUCUCUUCCACAGUUUGGUGACUGUAGUGGGUUUCUAGACCAUAACCUUGUUUUCUCUUGAGUUUGGAUCAGGACUCUGGGCUGGACAUUUUAUGAUUUUUGUUGUUUUUGUAGUUUCAGGAACUGCUUUAUUUGUGUUUCUGUGUGACAGGGACUUUGUCCUGCAUGAGACUGUCUGUCUGAUUGGGUGAUGGAAUCACAUGUUGUUGAAAAAGGUUCUGAUUAACGUUCACGUUCACUCUGCUACAAUAUUCAACAAACCACGACACUCCUCCUCCACCUUUCACUGACUUCUUCACA